AGAAGCGUUAUUUGAAUUUUGAUGACGUCAACCUAUUCAUCAAAAAAAUAAUUCAGAAGCUUGUUUUCACGUUGCCUCUCUAUUGUGUAGAGCUUAAAGCGCUUAUCAAGAAAAUCUCUAUGAUCAUAUGCUUUUGAUGAGUGGUUAAUGGGAUAUACGAGUUUAAAGAUUUUGUUGACGUCAGCAACGGCCCGUUAAAACCUAAGAAUUUUUUUUUUGGAAAUUUGCAUACCUGUUGCCUCGCAUAGAUCUUGCAGCGCUGAUCAAAAAAAUGUAGAGGAUCAUGCGCUUUAUACACGGUUAAACGGUUGCACUGAUAUUGGGGUUUGAAGGUUUUUUGUUGACGUUCCAACUCGUACAUUCCGAAACGGAUUUGUGGACAUAGGUUUGGGAAACUUACACAAAUUGGUGCCACGUGGUACCUAAUUACCCACGCGGUGAAAAAUCAUUGACGUCACCACCUCGUUCCCAAGUUAUUUGGCCUCAAAGUUUUAAGUGAACUGUAAUGCCUUUAUUAAUUUAAUAUAAGAUAUUGUUGACCUUAAGGUAGUAUAUAUUAUUGACGUCGCGCCGUAACGUCAGAAAAUUUAGCAUUUUAGACAUGCUUUUUUUGGCAACAUCAAAGGAAAAUAAAGACAUCCACUUUGCCUGUCACAGACACACGGAACUGGCGUAUUAUUAUAUAGAUUGAUAUUAAUAAUACCAGAGUAAGAAAUACAGUAUUUGAAAUGAAACAGAAAACCUAUACAAAAUUGUACAAAAUAAAUUUAAAUUUAAUAAAAAACACAAUGGAGUAAUAAAAAUUAUUACCCCAAUUUUGAUAAAAACAUGGUAUUUAAAAAAUAUUUUUGUGUAGUAGACAAGUGAAACAUAAAAUCAUGUUAUAGUUUAUUGAUGUGGUUAUUAGACUGCAUGAGAAAAACUUUAAACAGAAUAUACUAGUGAAGUAAAUACAUUUUUUUAUGAAAUAUCAUCACAAAGUUUUACAUUUUGCAAAUGUGAUUAAAAAUUGAUCUGUAACCUUAUAACUAAUACUCUAAAAUGGAAUUAAUAUUUGACCACAACAAUAUUAAUACAUUUCCCUAGAAGGAAAACCAUUUCCUUUUAGCCCCUCCGACUAUAUACCAUAUAUUUUUCUUGUAGUGAUAUCUGGAAAGGUUGAAGCUAUCAAAACCAAUUUAGUAUUUGCAGUUAAUCAAACUGCUCAAUUGCAAUGGAGAGUUACUCCUGAGAAUGGAGAACGUAUAUAUGUAGUAGAGAUGUAUGUUGUAGGACCUCUUGCUGUUAAAAUAAUGUUUGGAUUUCGGACGGCGGCAAAGCCCCUACAGGCCGGUAAAACAAUGUUUGGUGAGCGAUUAUCUGGACGUUUUUCUAAUAGCACCUAUACGCUAUUCAUCAAAAAGAUACAGUUUAACGAAAACAUGUCUUUCAGAUUCGAAGCUGCAUUUCUAUUACAAUCAAAAGGUCGGUUUGAAAAUGCAACAGUGGUUAUAAAAGACGUUGUAGGUGGACCUGAUGUGUGUGGCAUUUCUCUAAAUUCGAGUUACAUUGUCAACGAAGGAAAACAAUUAUCUUUUAUGAGCGAAGUUUGUGGAAAUCCAAAACCUGUUUUAACUUGGAAAUUGCACAACGAAUUAGACUAUUCAUAUUCUACCGAAGUUGCGCUCAUGAAUAUCGUAUCCAUGCGAUACAGAUAUGUUUAUAAAACUCGACGUCCCGUGACACGUGAAGAUUGUGGAACAAAGCUAGUUUUCAAUGCCACUGGUGCAAAUGGAAUGAUCAAGGGAGAGACACUAAUAGAUGUAGCAUUUUGCCCUCGAAAAUUGCGGAAGGUAAUCUUUUACAAAGAUAAUAAUUGUAUAAAUGGUACAUGGACAAGUGAAGCAACUGGCAAUUGUGCGCUUAACUAUCAUUUGCAAUUUGCACAAAGAAGUGAUAUUUUGAAUACAACCGACACACAUUACGCUGUAUGCAACAUAUUUAAUGUUUCCAGUGUAGUUAUUUGGGCUUCAUAUAAAAACAAUUAUGGCAAGAAAGCAAUAGUAAAUAUCAGUUUAACAACUCCAACACCAUCUACAAAGGUCGUAGAUGCUUGCAAACAUCCUAUAUCGUUUGAAGCAAAAAUGUUGGAUACGAAGAAAUUAUUUGUAACAAUAAUUAUAACGCUGGUUGUCACGCAAAUAGCAAAUAUAUGUAUUUAUGGAGUUGUAAAGCGCAGAGGCGUUAAGACUAAUUGCAGAAAUAAAGAAAGCCGAAAAAAAGACGACGAAAAUACCCAAGAUUAUGAAGUAUUUCCUACCGCAGAAUCUCAUUAUACAGGUCUUCAAUUGGAAGGAAGAAAAGAAACUCCUUAUGCCGAUUUAUCACCAACAACAGUCAACGAGUAUUCAGAAAUUGGAACAGAAGAUAAGUCAAAACAAAUGUAGGCCACUGGAAGAACAUUCUCAUUCUGAUUAGCCUGUCCUAUACAUUUUAUUGAUUUUUGUUAACCCUAUUUAGCCCGGGGUAUAGGGGACGAGUGUAGUCCGUGGGGGAGGGGGGCAAAAUACCCUACCCCACUUGCAUUAGGUUAUAACUUACAAAACGUGGUAAGAAUGAUAUCUGUCACAUGACAAUUAAAAAUCAUGUGUCAAAUGCUGACUUUCAGCAAUUUUUUUGUUGACGUCAUCAUUUUUUUGAA